AUGAGCAAAUUCUCCCGUUUGGCGUCUGGACAACCACCAAGUCUCAUACCAGGACAACCUAUGAACUCUCCAUAUCCCCCACCAGGAGCGCCGAGUAUACCACCACGACCUGGAUCUACGCAAGCACCAUAUCCGCAGUCGCAGUAUCAAUCCUAUCCACAAGGUCCUGCCAUACCACCGAGACCGGGAGUUCCUCCUCAAUCUCCUUACCAACAGCCAUCGUGGCCAGGUCAGCAGCAAAGACCUCCGUCGCAACCACCACAAAUGAACAUGUACCAGCAGCCCUACUCUCCUCAGCCUUCGCAGCAGCAAUUCGGAUACAAUCCUCAAGCGCAGCAGUAUCCACCACAAGGACAGGGUCCUCAGUCGUACCAGCAGCCGGGCUUUCAACAACCAUAUCAACAGCCUCCUCAGCAGCCUUCCUACCAGCAGCCGGGCCAAGGAUAUGGCCAACCUUCGUACCCAGGCGGACCUGGAGCACCGCAAGGUCAACCUCAAUAUGGUCAAGGCCCACCCCCUCAAGGCGGCGGUCAGAAUGUCGGCGCAUACAAGAACUUGCUCAUGGGAGCCAUUCAAGAGAGAGGUCUACAAAAUUUUUAUCCACCGAACUCUCCGCAACUCGACAUGAUCGCAAACCGUGCUUCUAGCCAAGUUCAGAUUCUGGCUCAACAGUGGAAGGUCAAUCCCGAGAUUGCUCAAGACAUCGUAAAACUGGCACUGUACGAUGUCAUGCUAUACGUUGAUGACAGCGGAUCAAUGGCGUUUGAAGAGAAUGGAGAACGUAUCGACGACCUCAAGCUUAUCAUUAAUCGUGUCGCUUUCGCUGCCGGACUCUUCGACGACGACGGUAUCCAAGUCCGAUUCAUGAACUCCCUAGAACAAGGCAAUGGAAUAAGAUCAGCGCAACAAGUUGAAGAGCUUAUUGGCCGAAUACGUUUCCAAGGCCUUACACCUAUGGGUCGAGAAUUGCAGAACAAGGUGCUCGGUCCACUUGUGCUUAGCCCUGCAGCAUCUGGUCAAUUACGAAAGCCGGUUCUUGUCAUUAUCAUUACUGAUGGCCAGCCAACUGGCGAGUCUCACCGUGAUAUCAGCAAUAUCAUAUUAGGUGCAUCUCGACAACUGCAAAGCAACCCAAGAUACGGCAAAGGUGCUCUCGCAUUCCAGUUUGCACAAGUCGGAAAUGAUAUCAAGGCUCGAGAAUUUCUCAAGCAGCUCGAUGAGAACAGAGAGAUUGGCGAUAUUAUCGAUUGCACGUCAAACUUCGAAGUAGAACAAGAUGAAAUGUCCCGUGCCGUUCCACCUGUCAACCUCACACCAGAGCUCUGGCUCAUCAAGCUCCUCCUCGGUAGUAUCGACUCUUCAUACGACAAGAAAGACGAAUCAACGCAGGGCGGACCUCCAAUGCAACAAGGUUUUGGUGGCCCUCCACCGGGACAAUACGGAGGAUACCAGCAACAACCACCACAACAACAAGGUUAUGGUGGCGGCCCUCCUCAGGGUCAGUAUGGUCAACCACAAUAUGGACAGCCACAAGGAGGAUAUGGACAACAGCAACAACAAGGAGGAUAUGGUCAGCAGCAACAAGGAGGCUACCCGCCACAAGCUGGUAGAGGCGGUCCACCUCAGGGAUAUCCGCCUCAAGGUCAAGGCUAUCCUGGUGGUCCACCAAGAUACUAG